UAAGUAAAGUCCUAAAAGCAACUUUAAUUCUUUAAUAAUUUCUCUUGUUUUUCUUUAUGGCUAGCUUUCAUCAAUAAUAUUGCUGGAUUAUCAUAAAAAAAUCUUAAAUAAUUUCACACAUUGAUUUCUUGUUUUUCAGUUAGAAAGAUGAUGUGUUGAUGAAACCCUAGAUCGGAUGACAUUAAUUGUUUAUUCUACCAUUGUUUUUUUUUUUCUUGUCAUCAAUUUUUUGUUUUAUUUUAUUUUAUCCUUGCACUUGAUGAUGCUUGCAUCUAUUUAUUUUUCUAUAAUUCAAUUAUUUGAUUUUGUAAACUUAAUUUAUUCACUAGCUAUAUCAAAAGUCGACGGACUAGAUUACAGCUGACGAUCAUGAGCAAGGAGACGGACUAGGUUAUGAUAUUCCAGCCCUGGAUAUGUAGAAACGUAACAAAAUGCAAGUAUGAUUCCUUUAAUGAGUUGAACUGAUGAGAAAUUUAAAUUUAAAUUGAAACCAAGUAAAAAAAAAACACUAGACAUGUUCGUAUAUAUUGUUUCUUCUUCUUCUUGUUCUCCUAAUUAAACCCUAACCCUAAGAAUAAACUCUCAUCAAGCCUAAACCCUAACACUAAAAAUAAACUCCCAUUAAAAAUACCCUCUGAUUACGUUCCCCUCACCGACCCUGUCCCUUCUCUUCGUUCAGUACUCUCUUUUUCUCAUCGGUUUUCUAAGGAAGAUCAUCUUAUAUUCAAAUAUUGGGGAAUUACAACUACUUUUGGCCUGAAGAUAUAAUUAGAGAGAUUCUGUUAAGAUUACCAGUGCAAUCUUUGCUUCGAUUCAAGACUGUUUCUAAACUUUGGUAUGAUGUCAUUACAAGCUCCAACUUUAUUGACAGCCAUUAUCAACAUCCCUCAAAACCAAAACUCUUUGUUAUGCUCACACAGCGGCGAGAAUUAUAUAGCAUAUCAGUGCUUCCCGGAGGAAUAAAUAGAGUUGAUGAUCGCAGCAUGCCAUUCGCACUGGAAGCGGGUAAAUAUGCAGCAGAAAUUGUGGGUUCUAGCAAUGGUUUAGUUUGUUUAAGUAUCCGUUCAAAGAUAUCUAAUGAUCUUAACGCUCAUAUAUUAUGGAAUCCAGCAACAAGGCAAUACCGAGAGUUACCUCCUAACAGGAUUUGUUACAGUCAAGCUCAAGGGUUUGGUUUCCAUCACGGUAUAAACGACUACAAACUGCUCCAAGUUGCUUACAGAAAGAAUGGCCAGCAGGAAGCUAAGGUUCUUGCAUUGAGCACAGGUUCUUGGAGAAAGGUGGAGGACACUCUUCCUUCAUAUGAUUACGGUAUUGCAAAACCGGUGGUUGUUAAAGGAGUUUGGUAUCACAUGGCAACAGCUGCUCGAGAAACACCAUUUAUUAUAAGGUUUGACAUGGGCGACGACACCUUCUCCAAGGUGAAAACUGCACCUAUACCUUAUCAUUCCUCUCCUGAAUAUCUCGUUAAGAAAGUGAAGUUGAUGGAGUACAAAGAAUUGCCUGCAAUUUGCGUAUUCGAAUAUAAUUACUGGAUCCCAUAUCCUAGUUUAUCUUUCAAGAUUGAUAUAUGGUUAAUGAACAACGAGCAGUCUUGGACAAAGGUAUUGACAUGUAGUCAGAAUUCCGUUCCCAUUUCUGAUGUUGGCUUGCUGCCUUUAGGGUUCUGGGUUGAUGAAGAAAGUAUAAUCUCGGAGAACUACAAGAGGGAUGGCUUGAGCUUGUUUAAUCUCUCGAAUAAGCAAUCGAAAGUGGUUGUGGUAGAUGAAGCCAAAAGGUUGUGGUUGUGGUAGAUGAAGCCAAAAGGUUUGGAAGUGCUCAUAGUUAUGUGGAGAGCAUGGUUUCAGUCUACCCUACCAGAAGUCAAGAUAGGGACUCCACAAAUUAAUUAGACAGAUCAUUUUAUAUAUGGAUCUUCUUUUCCUUUUUUAAUUUGUGAGAGUUUUCUGUUACUCAACUCAAUCAAUUCUGAGCAUUCUAAAGUAUUUGGAGACUUGAGAGCUUAUUCAGGCUGCUAGCAAU